AUGUCCGCCAUGGCGAGCCAGUAUCCUCAUGCCGGCUUCUAUGACUUCAGCUGGGUCGUGUCCGAGGCGGCCGAAGACGAGGAACGACCCCUGAUUGUGGACAUCGGCGGCUCCAAGGGCUGGACCCUGCAGGCCAUCUGCAGAGAGAUCCCAGAGAUCCCGAUCAGUCGAUGCGUGCUGCAGGAUCUGCCGAGGGUGAUUGAGAUGGUGGAGACGGUUGGGUCCGAGGACAUCCGGAGUGCGCAGUUGAUGGCCAUAGACUUUAACAAGGAACAACCGGUAAAGGGUACGUUGCGUCCCCGCGUCCCGAACCCAGGGAAGCCGGUCGGUUUAGGGGCAUUGGUGUACAUGAUCCGUCGAAUCCUCCGGGGCUUUGAGGAUGAUGAAUGCCAUGGCGCCGCACAGCAAGCUAUUGAUUGCGGAUACGGUCACGGCGAAUCCUCCCCCUGGUUUCCCGCCAUGUUGGACUUUUUCCUCUCCACCAUCGGGAGCAAGGAACGGACGGAGGAGGGCUUCCGGAAGAUAACCGCACGGGCCGGACUGAAGGUCACGGGGAUGCACUAUUCGGAUAAGGCCGAGUUCGCCAUGGUCGAGUGUGAGAAGGCUUAG